UGGGCGGGGCUGUAGGAGCGCGCUGUGCGCACGCGCGAGCCCGUGUGUGAGUGAGUUCGCGCGCGCGGGCGCGCCUCCGCGCCGCGCGCCCGCGCCCGGGAGGCCUGAGAGGGACCGGCGUGCCAGGCGAUGAGCGGGGAAAGCGCGGUCGCCGGUGUGCGGUGCCGGGCGCUCCCGGUUGCGCGCUGACUCUUCCGUCUCCGGCGGUGGCUGCGGUGCGCAGCCUCCGUUCGUUUCCCUGCAGGACCGGGCGGGCACGAAAGUAAGCGAACGUCGACCCUGAGGUCUCUCCUCGGCAGUCGCCGUGCACCCCGCACCCCCCGCGCUCCAGCCCGCUGCGCCCAGGCGGUUUCUCCCGGGGAGUCGUGCAUGGGGGGGAGAUGCGUUUGCAAGCCGGGGAAGGCAGUCGCUGGGGGCCGAGAAGCCGGUUCGUUUCCAUGAGCGCCGCGACCCCGCUUCCCAUGUGCCUCGCGAACGCGGACGGUCUGUUCGGGAGAAGAUUGUAUUAGGGACGCCGUGCUGUUAGGAGGAAAAGUUGUAAAAGUGCCUCGUCUCCGCCGGGCGGGUGGUAGCAAGUUGCAACAAAAUGAAGAUUUUUUCUGAGUCUCAUAAAACAGUCUUUGUCGUGGAUCACUGCCCUUACAUGGCAGAGUCCUGCAGGCAGCACGUGGAGUUCGACAUGCUGGUGAAGAACAGGACCCAAGGAAUCAUCCCCCUGGCCCCCAUAUCCAAGUCACUGUGGACUUGCUCCGUGGAGUCCUCCAUGGAGUACUGCAGGAUAAUGUAUGACAUAUUUCCCUUCAAGAAGCUGGUGAAUUUCAUUGUGAGUGACUCUGGAGCUCAUGUUUUAAAUUCCUGGACUCAAGAAGACCAAAAUUUGCAGGAGCUGAUGGCAGCCUUAGCUGCUGUUGGGCCUCCUAAUCCUCGCGCAGACCCGGAGUGCUGCAGUAUUCUGCACGGCCUUGUGGCGGCGGUGGAAACCCUGUGCAAAAUCACCGAGUACCAGCACGAGGCUCGCACUCUGCUCAUGGAGAACGCAGAGCGCGUGGGGAACAGAGGCCGCAUCAUCUGCAUCACUAAUGCAAAAAGUGAUAGCCACGUGCGAAUGCUUGAAGACUGUGUCCAGGAAACAAUUCAUGAACACAACAAGCUAGCUGCAAAUUCAGAUCAUCUCAUGCAGAUUCAAAAAUGUGAGUUGGUCUUGAUCCAUACCUACCCGGUUGGUGAAGACAGCCUUGUAUCUGACCGUCCUAAAAAGGAGUUGUCGCCAGUUUUAACCAGCGAGGUUCACAGUGUUCGUGCAGGGCGGCAUCUUGCUACCAAAUUAAACAUUUUAGUACAGCAGCAUUUCGACCUGGCUUCGACCACGAUUACAAAUAUUCCAAUGAAGGAAGAACAGCACGCUAACACGUCUGCCAACUACGAUGUGGAGCUGCUUCAUCACAAAGAUGCACACGUAGACUUCCUGAAAAGUGGUGACACCCACUUAGGUGGCAGCAGCAGAGAAGGCCCGUUUAAGGAAACGAUAACAUUGAAGUGGUGCACGCCGAGGACCAACAACGUCGAAUUACACUAUUGUACUGGAGCUUACCGAAUCUCACCCGUUGAUGUAAAUAGUAGACCUUCCUCCUGCCUUACUAAUUUUCUUCUAAAUGGUCGUUCUGUUUUAUUGGAACAACCGCGAAAGUCAGGUUCUAAGGUCAUUAGUCACAUGCUUAGUAGCCAUGGAGGAGAGAUUUUUUUGCACGUCCUUAGCAGUUCUCGGUCCAUUCUAGAAGACCCGCCUUCAAUUAGUGAAGGAUGUGGAGGAAGAGUUACUGACUACCGGAUUACAGAUUUUGGUGAAUUUAUGAGGGAAAACAGAUUAACUCCUUUUCUAGACCCCAGAUAUAAAAUCGAUGGAAGUCUCGAGGUACCUUUGGAACGGGCAAAAGAUCAGUUAGAAAAACACACCCGCUACUGGCCCAUGAUUAUUUCACAGACCACCAUUUUCAACAUGCAAGCGGUAGUCCCAUUAGCCAGUGUUAUUGUGAAAGAAUCUUUGACAGAAGAAGAUGUGUUAAACUGUCAAAAAACAAUAUACAACUUAGUUGAUAUGGAAAGAAAAAAUGAUCCUCUGCCUAUUUCCACAGUUGGUACAAGGGGAAAGGGCCCUAAAAGAGAUGAACAGUACCGUAUCAUGUGGAACGAAUUGGAGACCCUCGUCAGGGCCCACAUCAGCAACUCAGAGAAACAUCAGAGAGUCUUGGAAUGUCUGAUGGCGUGUAGGAGCAAACCCCCGGAGGAGGAAGAACGGAAGAAACGAGGGCGAAAGAGGGAGGACAAAGAGGACAAAUCUGAGAAAGCAGUGAAGGAUUACGAACAGGAAAAGCCUUGGCAAGAUUCCGAAAGAUUAAAAGGCAUCUUAGAACGUGGAAAAGAAGAGCUGGCUGAGGCUGAGAUCAUAAAAGAUUCGCCUGAUUCCCCAGAACCUCCCAACAAGAAGCCCCUGGUAGAAAUGGAUGAAGCUCCUCAAGUGGAAAAGUCCAAAGGGCCAGUGUCCUUACUCUCCUUGUGGAGUAAUAGAAUCAAUACUGCCAAUUCCAGAAAGCACCAGGAGUUUGCUGGGCGACUGAACUCUGUGAAUAACAGAGCUGAGUUAUAUCAACAUCUUAAAGAAGAAAAUGGAAUGGAGACAACAGAAAAUGGCAAAGCCAGCCGGCAGUGAAGAAUGAUUUGAGCAACUAAAUUUAGUAUAAUGCAUAAAUAUUUUGGGUGGAAUUUGAUAUAAGUACUUUUACAGCAAGAUUAUAUAGUUAUGUUGCCUGGACCGGUUUUUACAUUUUUAAAAUAUUUGAACUAAUUAACUUUUUGUACUAAUUAUAAAAUUGGCACAUAAGUCAAAAAUAUACAUUUGAGAUUUGUCCUCCCAAAUCACACAGGUUUAUUUUAUGGUAAAAGGUGUUCUCUCUGGAAGUGUUUUUUAAAAAAAAAUUCUUAGGCUUCUCUUUGCCAAAUAAAAUAAAUAAAAUACCUGAAAUACAAAAUAGAA